AAUGGCUACGCUCACUGGGAGGUGCUGGAAACAAGUAUGGGGUUGUUGUUAUAUUCAUCGUUUUAGUUGAUGCGGGGGAAAAAAUAAUCGCAUGCCAUAGCAGAGUUGUUAAAUUAUUGGUUAGAAUUGCUUGUCAUAUCCUACUUGAAGCAAAUUUCAUUGUCACUGAGUAACACAAUGGAUGUUAUUGAGACGGUUGUAACAGAGAGUAUUGAAGUAGAUGAAACUCCAAAGGCGUCCAGUUUGGAUCCAAAUAAAUCGAAAGCAGAGUUUGUAUGGACUUUACAAGCCACAUGGCAACUUGUCCAAACCCGCCUCGAAAUGGACCAGGAUUUUGACCAGCCAGUGUGCAAGAAAAAGAAACUGUGGGAGACAGUGGCUGAGAGUGUGACUGCCAAGCUAAGGGCAGCUGGGAGCACAGAUGUCACAGUCAAGGCCUAUGAGUGUGAUCUGAAGUGGCGUAACAUGUUGGCCACAUACAGGAAAAACGCUGAGAGGUCCAAGAGACUGGGGGCCCAGAGUGUCCACUGGGAGUUCUUCAAGGCCAUGCAUGAGGUUCUGGGGAAGAGUCGGGAGGAGAUCGAGGCACAGCGCAGGUCCAAACUCAACGGGACCAAGCUGGGCAAGGCUAUUGCCAGCAAGCGGUUUACCCCCAUCCUCCCUACACCCUCCCUGACAGCUGCCCCCUUUGCUUCCAGGCCCCCCCAGGAUGUCCUGCAGCUGUACAUGGAGCUGCAGGAGAGGAAGAUGAACAUGUGGGCCCAGCAGAAGGCCCUGGAGGAGAGGAAGAUAGAGGCCAUCAAUAAUCUAGCCCGUGCAAUCUCCAGUUUGUCUCACAGUCAAAACAACAGUUUCCAGCUGCCAGAGUAGCAGUACAGCACACCAGAGCAAAGAAGUUCUCACUGAACUAAAAACUUUGGGAUGUUGUGUGAUAUAUGGAAGCUUGUGCAUAGAAUGAAAGACUGCAUCAUGCAAAUGUUUCUUAAGCGUUCAACCAUUCAGCUACUUUGUGUUGUCAUGAUUUUUCAUUGUAUAUGUUUUUAUUAUGCUGUAAUAACACCAUUUGACAAAGGAGUUCACUGCAGGAAUUCCCUGCAAUAUCUGUGAAUGAGAAGAAGGCUACACAGGGCAUAUUGUACAUAGAUCUGCCAUAGGAAACAAAUAAUCCUACAUAUGUAUAAAAUACAAGAUAUUGCUGUGAUACUCUUCCUUUUAAUAAAAUAUACAAUAUAAA